AUAAUUCUCUAGAAAGGAAGUGGAAACACUUUGUGGUUUAGUGUCUCUGCAUUCUGCUGAUACCUGCAGUUUGAUUGACACUCAAACAACAGAUACAAUGGAGAAGUGUGUUUUCUUCUUCUGUGUGUUUUCUUGUUGGACUACGCAACCCACAUCCAGUGAUGUGUCAGUGAGAGGGUCUUUUGAUCUGCUGAGAGUUCAGAAGGGAGAAAACAUCAGUCUGAACUGCAGCAUGACAAAACGAUAUGAAGUCGCCUGGUAUCACCUCAGUUCUGAAGGACUCAUUCUACUGAUUUCUGUGAAGAAGGACAAAAUAGGAAGAAAUCUCCUGACCAACUACGAUCGAAAUGAUGCUCAUCUAAAACUUACAACAGACAGCUGGAUCACCAGCGUCUCUCUAGUUAUUUCUGGAGUAACAGAGUCAGAUUCAGGUCUUUAUUUCUGUGGAACAAAGUCUAACACUCCAGAGAUGUUCUUCGACAAACCCAUCAGACUAGAGAUCGAGGGUCUUUCUGUAACAGAAGUGCCAAAAGAAGUUGGCAUCACAGAUGGUGUGACUACGCAAGAGAGGGCGUUGAUGUUCAGUGGUGUUGGUCUGGCUAUUGCAGUGUUUUUUCUGGCUACAGUCUUUGCAGGAGGAAUCAUUCACUAUCGAGGUUGGCAGAAAGGAUGGGCCGCAGCCAAACGCUCAUCUCUGAUUCAUCACAAAUCAGAUAAAUAACACAU